AUGGAUGCAGAAGAAGAAGAGCAUCAAACAAGGAUGAGAAUGGGUGCGGCUUACAUUUAUAAUCAUCGUGAAAGAGCAAAUUCUAUCUCGUAUCAUGGUGGUUCCACAAUGAAUCAUCGUGUGAUUGAUCGCAAUAGAGAAGAAGGUCAUGCUAGACUGUAUCGUGAUUAUUUUUCUGAUACACCUACAUAUACAGAUACACAAUUUCGUCGAAGAUUUCGGAUGCGUAGAUCAUUGUUUAUGCGAAUUGAAGAAGCAGUUACGGCUAAUGAUAAUUAUUUUACUCAACGAACUGAUGCUGUGGGAGUUCGUGGCCUGUCUUCACUUCAAAAAGUGACAGCUGCACUUAGGAUGCUUGCAUAUGGAACAGCAGCUGAUGCAAUUGAUGAUUAUGUUCGAAUUGGUGAGAGUACAGCCAUAGAGAGUCUAAGAAGGUUUGUCAAAUCAAUUGUUGAAGUCUUCGGGACUGAAUAUCUGAGACGCCCAAAUGCUGAAGAUGUGUCUAGAUUACUAGCAGAGAAUGAACAACGAGGCUUUCCCGGAAUGUUGGAAUUGGCAGAAGGUCGCGGUCCUGAGGUGAGGUACACCAUCAACGGACAUGAAUAUAAUAUUGGUUAUUAUCUUGCUGAUGGUAUAUAUCCCUCUUGGCCAACUUUUGUCAAAACUAUUUCAAAACCUCAAGGUAAUAAAAAAAAAUAUUUUGCAAAUGCACAAGAAUCUGUUAGAAAGGAUGUUGAAAGAGCAUUUGGAGUGUUGCAAUCUCGGUUUGCAAUCUCACUACUCUAUUUAGACAGCUAG